AUGCCACCGGCGGCGUCUCUGCAGCGGGUUCGCCUCCAGGUGUCGCCGCUGCCGGUCCAGUCACCUGCUCCGGACGGACGCCUCCCGCCGUCGCCGCCGUUGCCGCCGUCGUCGCCGUUGCCGCCGUCGCUCAUGGAGGUCGUUGCUCUGCCGCCGCCUCCUCCUCCUCCGAACAUACCCAGUAGCGGUGCACGGUGUGGGCAGGUUUUCCACAGGUCGUUUUCCUCGCCCCCUCGCGAGCAAUUCGGGGUCGCAGGUGGACAGCGCGCCCCGGCAGUUCCACUGUCCGCCCCCUCAGCUGCGCUGCUCCUGGGUCCCUCCACCCGCCGCCGGAAACCAUACUCAACGACGGUGCAUCGUUUCAGUGGAAAGGAUGUGCAUCAGAAACAAUCACAGCAACAACAACAAAAGCAGCAACAGCAGCUACAUCAACAGCAGAGCCACCUCUGCUACCAGCAACAGCAACAAUCAAUGGCAGCUGGACCAACUCCGCCAAAAGUAGUAAAAGCAUCAAGAACGGUUACACUAACAACAACAAAUGCAGUAACAUCUCCAUCAACUGCAGAACCAGCCCUAAUACCAGCAGGGAAAUCAACAGCAAAAGCAACAGAACCAUCAUUAGCAACAGCAGAACCAUCCACAAUAGCAGCAGAAUCAACUCCAACAUUAUCAGAACCACUGCUGGCGGCCGUGGCGCACGCGCAGUGCGCUCUCGCGGACCGCGGCGCCUACCCGCCGGACGCGGCGCGCCCGCUGCCGGAGUACGACUUCGUGGUGGUGGGCGCCGGGUCGGCCGGGAGCGCGGUGGCCGCGCGCCUCUCGGAGGAACCCGCCUGGACGGUGCUGCUGCUGGAGGCCGGCGGAGACCCGCCGCCCACCGCCGACGUGCCCCUCCUCUUCCCCGCCCUGCAGAAGACCGAGGCGGAUUGGUCAUACCUGACAGAACCAGAUGGGCGCAGUUGCUUGGCACACAGAGAUGGAAGGUGCGCAUGGCCACGGGGCAAGACGCUGGGUGGUUCCAGCGUGCUCAACGCCAUGAUGUACGUCAGGGGCAGCCCGCAGGACUUCGACGGCUGGGCGUCGCUCGGCAACGACGGCUGGUCCUACGAGGAGGUGUUGCCCUUCUUCAAGAAGUUGGAGGCCUUCGACGAGGAGGAGCUGGAGAGGAGACCGCACGUGGCAGCCGUACACGGGCGCGAUGGGGCCAUCCGCGUGUCCAAACCGGCGCGUCUGGAUCCCGCUUAUGACGCUUUGGACGCUGCCGCCACAGAGCUGGGCUUCAGAAUUAUCGAAGACUACAGCGCCGAGCCGAUGGUGGGUUUCGGACAAAUACACUGCUCUAUAAAGAACGGAACGAGAUGGAAUGCCGCUCUCGGAUACCUCGCACCUGCCAAAGAGAGGGUAAACCUGCACGUCCUAAAGUCCGCUUACGUAACGAAGAUACUGAUUCGGCCUGACACGCAAAGUGCGUACGGGGUGCAGUUUGUUAAAGACGGAAAGGUACAGGAAGCUAGAGCGACGAAGGAAGUAAUUGUGUCAGCAGGAGCUAUCAACACACCUCACAUACUAAUGCAUUCUGGUAUCGGACCAAAGUCCCAUUUGGAAGAAGUCGGUAUAACAGUGAUAAGGGACCUCAGAGUAGGGUAUAACCUGCAGGAUCACUUAUCGUAUGCCGGGCUCUACUACACGAGUAAGCCUUCGGCGAGAAAAAUGUUAGAAGAGUCCGUGUUCGAAUACCUGAUGAACAGGACAGGUAUCCUGUCGACGACAGGCCUUACUUCUUACACGGGAUUUGUCCAGACGCGGCGCGCACUGCACAGCAUUCCAGGUUUUCCCGAGGUAGACCCGGCGGGCUACCCAGAUAUACAGCUGAUUUUUGUCUCUGUGGAUCGUUCUACAGCCAGCUUACUAGCAGACGUCUUCAACUAUAAGGAAGAGGCGACACUCGCUCUGAAAAAUAUGACGGUGAGCGAGGACGCGGUGAUGGUGAUGACGACGCUGCUGGCGCCGCGGAGCCGAGGUCGCGUCAGGCUGAGGAGUGCCGAGCCGCUGGACCCGCCGCUGAUCGAGACCGGCUACCUCGCCGACCCGCGAGACCUCGAGACGCUACUGGACGGCGUGGAGCUGAGCCACCGUUUGGGUUCCACGGAGGCGAUGCGGGCGGCUGGCUACAGCGUCAGGGACCUCCCCUUGAGCGAGUGCGGGCGCCGGGCCCGGGGAGGCCGCGACUACUGGAGCUGCGCCGCGCCCCACCUCGGCGCCACCGUCUACCACCCGGUGGGCACCGCCAAGAUGGGACCCUCUAGCGACGUCGGCGCCGUCGUCGACGCGCGCCUCAGGGUGCACGGCGUGCGCGGCCUGCGCGUCGCCGACGCCUCCGUCAUGCCGCUGAUCGUGCGCUGCAACACCAACGUGCCGUCAAUCAUGAUCGGGGAGAAGUGCGCCCACAUGGUGGCCGAGGACUGGCGCCAGCGCGGAAAGCAGUGAGGGUGCUGUCUCGACUGGGGAAGAGCAGCCAUAAAAGGCUCUACCGACGCACGACGUCGGCGUCGGGAUAACAAAGUGACUAACGGCCAGCUGUUUACAGGUCAGCUGCCAUAGCAACAGCCAGUCAGAGCUCAAGAUUGGUCACAGCUGCUGUCCUGCGCUCUGUAACCUCAGCAGCCGGUUGCCAGUCAGCUGUGGACAACGUUUUCGGAGUGUUACAUAAUUGUUGUGACUGUUAUCAUGCAGGGUGAUUCAGUGAUGAUCUUGCAAACUUUCACGGAUGAUGGACAAGAAUAAAUGUAUCUGAGGUAAGGGAUCCUGAUGCGGAAACUAUCGAGUCGAAAGCUGUAGUGAAAAUCGUUCUGAUACCUCUGACAGCAGAAAACAUUUACUGCUGCCGUUGUUGCUAAGAUUGUAGGGGCGGCAACUUCGAGAGUUCAUAGUAUGCACGAAAACUAGAACAAAAUGUCCAGUAA